CUCAAAGGCCUCCGACCAAGACACAACUCUCGAAUAAGGCGGCCCAGACUUUGGCAUUGGCAUUGCCAUUAUCAUUGUCGUCGAAUACCAGUAUUAAUAUUGCCAGCUCAACUUCGAUCCUUUGAACCUCACCAUUGGAAAUAAUCAACCAUGACCACUCUCGGCCUUUCUCCCACGACCUCGUUGGCAGCGCCAGCCGGCUUCCUCGCCUGGAACUGGUGCUUCGCCUACGUCGUGCUCUCCAGCCGCCCGUGGAAGCAAGCAUGCGGAAUCGAUCACAACGGCAACCCACGGCAAGACAUGGCCAAAUACGCCGAAACCGCCAUCCGCGAGGGCAAGAUGACAAGGGCCCAACUCGAGAGGAUUCAGCGAAUCGAGGCUGCCAGUGCAAACUCGACGGAUGGAUUCGCCUUUUUCGCUUCUUCUGUCCUCUUCGCACUUAUCGCCGGGGUUCCUCGACCAGCGUUGAUGGGCGCAUGCACCACAUACACUAUUGCCAGGCUGGUGUAUGGAGCAGUGUAUGUCUCCAUCCCGCAUGACCUCUACAGCCAGCUCCGCGGGAUUUCUUGGUGGGUGUCGAAUGGAGCUUGCUUGUAUUUGCUUUGGAAGGGCGGUCGAGGCUAGCUAGCAUCUCGAAGAAUGAGCUUGAAGGAGUUCGAAUCAUACUAGUGGUCCUCUCCUCACUUUUUAUCCUUCAAGCAUUGCAUCCGGCAUUUCAGCCGGAUCUACGGAGGCACUUCAGGAUGUCAUGCAGAACUAAUAUGUAUAUUACCAUCAAUGUCUAUGUCCAGCCCAAGAAAAGAAAAUAAUACGGUUGCCAACACGGCAACCCAAAGGACCUGACAAAAUAUCUUGCCAGUCCCAAAUCAUCCAGCUGGGAUCGCCUGCUGGUUCCGGCAUGUCCUCAGACCGUUGGAGAGGGACUCUGCUUGGUAUGUUGUUGGUCGACUGGUGAGAUGUAACCCCGUCGAGAUGGGAUCCUUGAAGCGGCCUACCCCCGUUCCUCCUCGACGCCCGUCUGUCGCUGUUGAAGCACCAGCAGAGGGAAAGGACCACGACCUGAUGCAUCCGAUCAAGUUUAAGCCCACUUUCCCAAAAGACUCAUUAGCCCGGCACCCAGCAAGACACAGACGACCAUGAAGGUCAACCUCUUGUUAUCCUUUGUGCGCAUGGGAUUGAACAGGAAGUCCCUGGCCAACAACUCGACCAAACCAGUGUAGAUCAGGAUCCCCGCGGACAUGGCAUCGAGCACGCCACUGACGACAUUGGCGGUGAAGCUGUUGGGAUUGUACGUCGUACGCACGCCGAGCCCGAUGGCAAUGGCAAUUGGCGUGGUCAAUCCGUACGCCGUACACAAGAUCCAGGGCAACCAACUGCCCGGUCUGAAGGGAAUCGCCGACAUACGGGCGCCGAUUCCGAGUCCUUCGAACGACUGAUGGAACACAAGCACCGGGUACAACGUGCUGAACUCAUCACCCACGACGCCUAAGUUCAACCCAAUGACGACGGAGUGGAAGAUGACACCGAACUCGAGGAUCAAAAACGCCGCGAUCUGUUGUCUGAACGAAUUCUUGCGCACGUCCGGAUCGAUCUCGUCGUCCUGGAAGUCCUCCAGGAACCGCUUCUCAUAAGCCGACGACUUCCUUCGUUCCUGAUGCUCGCGCCUCAUCGACGCUAUACUCUCGCCACGCUGUCGUUGUUCUUCGCUCAGCUGCGUGUUCUCAAUCGCACCAUUGUACCCGGUCACAGCCUCUUGUAUGUCGGCCUCACUGCUGACGCCGUACUUGACCUCGACAUAGCGCUCUGCCCCGAAAUCGAGGAGGAAAAUCACCACGACGCUCGCCAGCACAAUGGCCGGACACCACGCGUAAUCGGCCCAUCCGCCCGUCAUGCCCACGCACGUCUCGGGCCCGAUCUCGCCGUACGCCGGGUCGAGGAGGUGGAUGAAUGCAGUGGCCACGAUGACCCCGGCCCCAAAGUACCGCGCAAACAGGUACACGUACAGCGGAAUGUGUAGGCGGGGGAUGCGCUUCGCGAUGACGGGGAAGAAGGUUGCGCACGAUGAGACGAUCAGGAUGACGAAGAGCGCCGAGAUACGCGCACCCAGUUGGCCGUUGUAAUCGUUGCCCGACGCGGCGAGGGCGCAGAUCACGUCUCGCGGAUCGGCCUCGGUGAGGUUGACAUUCUCCGGGUUGAAGGUGCUUCCGCCAAAAUCGGUGGAGGAGUUGGAGGCCAUGGUUGUAUUUGCUCUUGCUCUUGCUCUUGCUCUUGCUCUUGCUCUUGCUCUUGCUC